AUGGCGUUUCCUCCCGUUGCGGCGGUCAGUCGGCGAACUAGACAGAUGGAAGAGUUUUCGCCGAAGGUUAACGAGCAAAAGAGGCUGGAAUUGGAUCUUCUAGAUGCAAAGUUGUUUGCAUUUCCUGAAGAAAUAUGUGAGACGAGCGGACUGAAGGUAUUGAAACUUUGUACAGACGACAUACACUCUAUACCCGAAGGCAUUGCCAAACUGAGGAAACUAGAAGAAAUUCGUUUGCAUACAAGUGAUUACCGAGAUUCCAGAACUUCCUACUUCUCACGGCAGCUUACACCCAUUGGUCUCCAGGAGGCUCCUACUGUUGUUUCUCUUCUUCCAUGUCUUAAGGUUUUGUCUGUGUGUGGUAACCGUCGCAAUCCAUUGCUGUUUGAUGAGCUAAUGUCAUGUCAACUGCCCAGUACUCUUGUGGAAGUGGAAAUGGUGGAAUGUGGUUUGACACAAGCAACUUUGUCUAUGAUGUGCGACAAUGUGAAACUGUGCAAAGUGAAUUUGGCACGCAACAAUCUGCAGUCUUUCAAAUAUUGCAACACAGAGAUGAUAGGAGAGUUGAGUGAGUGUAACAUACAGCAGCUGCCAACUGAAUGGAAUGAUCUUCAUGAUCUAGAAGAGCUGGAUUUGUUUGGGAACAAGAAUCUUUGGAAACAUUUACAAACGUUGAAUUUUUCUGGUAACAAGAGAUUGUUGUGUCUUCCCAACAACAUAUGGAAUGGACUGAACUUAUGGAGAUUGGAUCUAAGCAAUUGUGGUAUAGAAAUUGUACCAAAUACAGAAUUGUUUAACAAAAUGUGGAUGAACAACUCAUCAUGA